UAUAAGAGGGAGGGGGAGGUACAGCACAAUCAGAUUUGCAAGAUUCCGUUAUUAUAGCCCAUCUCAAUAAAAGUAGUUUUAGCCUUCUGGUUGAGUUGAUUUCCUGGUCUGGUCUACCUAGUGGGACUGACAUCUGGCUUCAAAUCCUAAGUAGUUCUUUUCUUGGCAUAAUCCAAACCUGCUUCUCCAAACUUAGCAUUUUUAAAAAACCAGACCCAGCAAAAAACAGCAGUCCUUCCCAUUGUCAGUAACUAGGACUUUCAGUCAGUUCCACGGAGUACAGAACAAAGAGCUUUAGCUGCUCACUCUAAACUGUUGCAGUCUGAUUUGCAGGUGAAAUUGGCAAAGUUUUGAGGGGGAGCAAUGAUUGUGAUUUGUUUGUUUUACAGAGCUUAUCAGCCACCCCAACUACAACUGGCUUUGAGUAGUGGACAAUUUAUAUGUGUAUUAAAUCUGGAAAUAAAGUUUUUCCCCUUCAAAGUAUCAAAGCUAUGUUCUUUUAAUUGUAGGAGAGAGUUCCUGAAACAAUGAAUGAGUGCAGGUUGUCCUCUUGGCCAUUCCACAGAUACUGCUGUACAGGGCCAACACAAGCUAAAUCUAUGCACAGAAAUGUCAUGGUUAAUCCCAGUUCCAUCUGCAGUGGCUGCUUCUUAGUGCAUCCUUUGUGCGGCAUUAGCCCACUUCUCACAACAAGGUACUUGUGUCACAGCUAUUGCCCCUUUCUUCUUGAUGCAAAACAUAGAGCAGGAAAGAAUUUGGAGAGAUCACUGGAUGCUGGUAGUCCUGUUCUGGCAAAAAAAGAAACUGACUGUUAUUAUUACCAAGGCACAAUCAUAAAAGAUAUAGAGGAAGGUGAGCAAAGAUCAUUUCUGGUACAGUUUGCAGUGGAGGAAGAUACACCUUGUGUGCAAAAAACAGCCCACAGCGAUAUCCUUGAGAGUGUGAAUGGAAUGAGACACUCUAUCCUGCCAGGUGAUAAAGUGAUGGCCCCCUGGGAACAAGAGCAGAAGAGAUAUGGCCCUGGCACUGUCCUCCAAGGCAUGGAGACCAGAGAUCCUCUGCGAGAAAAAGAAGACAAGGAAAUUACAGUCAGCUUUUGGAACGGCAAGAAAGCUGAAGUUCCAUUAGGUCUUGCUUUGUGGAUUUCUCCAGUGCAGUGGGAGAGGAUCGUAGAGAGGAUUCAUAUGCCCUACACAAGCAGGAAGCAGUCUGAGUUUUUGCAGCUUCACAGGCCUGGCUACUACAAUUGCUCAUGGGGGACUAUUCCAACCUGUGCUUUGGGUGAUUUCCAAAGGUGCCGGUGCACACAUUGCUCUUUUAUCCGUCCUUGCUGUGGUGGUUUCCAUCACUCAUGCUCACUGCUUAGACAUAGGCAAUGUGUCUGCUGCUGCUGCCGCUGCUCUAAAUACAGUGGCUGUUGGGUGCGGCCCUCUUUAGCUGAAUUAACCACUGGAGAUUUUAAAAAAGAGUUCACCAGUAAACCUACACCACCAUUCUUACCAAUAGAAGGCUCCCCCGAAGUAGAACAUGCUGUUGUGCGAUUCAGCUCUUCCUCAUCCUCCUCAGAUGCUCAGUGUGAAAGGCAAAGAAGUGUGACCAAGAGCACAAUGAUAGAUCACGCAGUGAACACAGAUUCUAGUCUUUUUGAAAAUCCCAUGCUACAGCGAAUCAGAAGACCAGAGUGGAAGUACUGGAAGAGAAGCCAUCCCAGCUCUGACUAUAAAAGCCAAGGAGCAAACACUGUCAGCAGCUGCUGCAGAAGGGAAAGAGCUAACAACAAAGCCAAUUCAUCCACAGAUGGAUCUCCACCAAUUCUGUACAACCACAGGGCUCUAUUUGAAACCGCUGAAGAGUCUCGUCAAAGGCAUCUUUCGGUAAAGGAAGUCUUGAGCCACAGAAUUACUAACUCACCUUGGGGAGAGUAA